CAGACAGAAAACGGAUCGUUGCACUUUUAUCGGUGAAACGCUAAAAUUUGUACAAUACCAAGUUUUCUAUGGAUCUAGAAUAAUUUAAAUUGUACUUAUUACUUUUAAUUAUGUUUUGGAGCGGUAACUUUAUCGUUGUUAGAGAGUUAAACAAUCUCCUUAAAGAGGAGAAUGUAACACUGAGUCAGGUGUUAGAGGCGGAUGAUAUACUGCAGGAAUGUAAGGCCGAUAAUAAGGCGCUGAUGCUCUUUUUAACUAAAUCAGAAAUACUAGCAGAACUGGUAACACUGAUCACAGAAGAGCCUCCCAAAAAUGUAGACUUGGCAUCCCAGUAUCGCCAUGCGCACAUCGCAAGUGAGGUCCUCACCAGUCAGCUGAUGAUGCUGAGUGACCGUCUCUCAAUGGAUGCUGUGCAGAUGAACAGGCUCUGUGACUUUGUAAACAAGGAUCCACCAUUAAAUCCUUUACUUGCAUCCUACUUCAGCAAAACUAUAGAGAUGUUGCUUGAGAAAAGUCCCAAACAGGAUUGGUACCUCUACCAUAUUGUGUGCCUCAGAGUUUUAGAUUUUUUCAAAUCAAGACGUGAUUUCUUGCCAAAUCUUUUACGACAUAUUUCUACAUCAACUAUUGCAGAUAUUUUCAAAUACUUUAUAAGGCUUGAUGAUCCAUUUAAUAAAAUUAUUUUGGAGUGGUUGGAAGAGAAUCAAUUUCUCGAGAGUCUAAUACACAUAGUCUGUGGUACAUAUGAACCUGAGGAAAUAAGACCUGUCACUAUGACCGAUGGAUCUGAGAGAUCUCCGGAACAAACUGAAAAGGGCCAACAGGAAACCAGCGAGAAAGUGGAGAUGAAUCAUAAAGAUGAAGGACAAGAGAAUGAUGCUGCAAAAGAUACAAAGUUAUCUGAAGAGGAAUCCAGCAUAAGCAAGAGACGUAUAGCAGAGGCGGGGCGCGCGUCUGCCAACGCGGCGGCUCUGCUGUGUGACCUGCUGCUCGGCGCCUGCGCACCUCAGGGAUCUAUGGCCAAGCCGCUGACAUCAUGGACGUUGGUAUCUCGUCUGCGGUCCGAGGAAUGCGUGCGUCUGGUGCUGCAGUGCAUGUUUACCUCGCCUGCUGCUGUGCGCCGGCACGCCGUCGUUAACGGCUGUCAGCUGCUGCUGGCCCUGUUGCCGCACGACUCGCUAGCUGGUAACGGCAACGGUGGUGGUGGUAGCGCGGGUGGAGGCGAGGGUACGUGGUCCAGCAGCAGCGUGCAGCGCGCGGUGGCCCCGCACCUACCGCUGCUGCACCAGGCCCUGCUGCGUCCGCCGCUGUCUGCACAUCUGCACAACACCAGCAAUAACAACUCGAUUGAAAAUCCAAAGCCGAAAGAAGAGAAUCCAGAAGAUGGUAUAGAAGAAGCGGAAGAAGAAGAUAAAAUGAACGAGCAGAGUAAUGAAGAGAGUGUGGAGUACGUGAGUGCGCGGGUGUGCGAGGGUGUGGGCGCGGCGCGGGUGCACGUCGCCGCUCUCAUCGCACAACUUGCAUUCUCUGAAGUAGAAGAUGUACAUAAUGCAUUACUCACUCUAGGCACAGCGGGUGUGCUGAUAGACAUGUUCUUCCAGUACCCUCAGAACAACUUCCUGCACACACAAGUCUACAUCCUCAUACACAACGCUCUCUCCAACAGAGUCUACGGAGAGAGAUAUGCUAAACAUCUAAUAGAUGAAUGCAAUCUACUUACAAGAUUAAUGGACACGUUUGAAGAAAAUGAAAACACAAAAGCUGGUGCAGUGAGGCGGGGCAACAUGGGUCACGUGGUGCUGGCGCUGCGGCGGCUGGAGGGUGCUACGCCCUCCGAUGCCGCGGUGGCUGCGCGCUGGGCCGCCUUCCGCGAGACCACGCUCCGCCCCCUGCUGCAGCGACAUGACACGCCCCUCGGUGGCUUCUAUCCUUCAGAAAACAUCUAUGAGUUUAACGAGGCGUCCAGUGUAAACGAAAAUAUAACAGCAGUUCAACUUGCUUGUGAUAACGAGUCUCACGUAAAGAACUUCUUGGAGGUGGCCGGUCAACGUUUUGAUGAUGAUAUGUGGGAGGACACAGUGGAGGGCGAGGGUGAGGGGGAGGCGGAUGCUGACAAUGACAACGAGCAGGAGGGCGACGCCGAUCCUGAUCGCGUCAGGGAAAUACUUGCUGAUGUCUCCCCAUGGGACACAGCCGAUGACAACGCGAGCGAUGGCACUGAGUGGGCAAAUUUUGGCGACGUUUUCGCACCUCCAAUUGAUCCGUUCGCUCCUGUGGGAGAUACCUCGCCCUCGCAACACCAGCAUGCAUUCGAGCAACAAGAUUUUACACCAUUUUGGCAUUAUAAUGAUAGUCACAAACACUCAGAUGCGAACUGUCAGAGUGGUUUGGAUCAAUCUCUGCAAGCUCUGAGUUUAGGCGGCGAUUAUAAAGUGAAGCCGAUGGAUGAUGCGUCGACCGCCGAGUUGACCAACAAUCUGCUGACGGCCAUGAGCUCGAUGACACCCGAUGUUAUAGCGGACAUUGUUAGCGCGAUGCCGCAGCCUGAUGAACCUCUGGAUGCUGGAUUAGUGGCACCACUUGAGCUGGUCCAGCCUAUGCCUGAGCCGAGCGCCGAGCAGAACACCGAGGCGAACACCGAGCAGAGCACUGAGCAGAGCCCCGAGCAGAGCGGAGAGGAGCCGUCAGCCGACAGGUGAUUGUAUAUGAUGGGCUGGCGCCAAACCGCGCGCUACCUUCAGCGGUGCGACGAUUGCGGACUAAUUUGGGACGCCAACAGGUUUUAAAUACUUACCACAAGUCUUACACCAUUUUUAUAAUACAAUAUACAUGUUCUUACAUUUUUUUAUUAUAUGUCAGUUGUUUAAUCGACUUUUCAUCUGUUGUAUGCAGAAUUCACUAAUGUUUCUCGAUCUGUUCCUAAUACGUACAAAAGUCAUUUUAUAAAAGGACCAAUGGAUAUAGAAUCAUUUGAGGUUAAUUACCCUUUUUUAUACAGAAUGUCAUUGCGACGUUUACAACUUUGAUUGUGAGUUUCUGAUACCUAAAUUUCUGUAUAAAACAUAUCUUCAUCCCUGUCUUACAUCUUUGACAAAACAGAGAUAACAGUAUCUUUUAAACGGGGAUUUUAGUCUCAGAAACUCACGGUAAAUCGCAAAUAUUAUAACUGAUCUGAAUUUAUAUAGAAUAAACUAAGUGCAUUAAUUUGGCAAUUAUAUAAGUUCAUUCGUAAUUAAAAUAAACAGUUUCAGAUAGAUCGUUUUUAAUACGUAAUUGAUGAUAAAUAGGGUAAACGUCCCAGUGAUAGGACACCAUAAUUUCAUCGCUAU